AUGUACAGAGUUGUGUUGUGUUCCCUUGUACUGGGCAUCGCCAGUGCGGUCCACUACAAUGACCUUGCUGUCAGUUCUGCUCUACAAAACCCUAGACUUCUGUUGAAUCUUUACCAACAGUACUCCGUGAAGGAAGGUAAAGCUAAGUCUCCCCAAAGACUAGCUCUUUUCAGGAGUACCCUUAAGAAGAUUGCAAAGUGCAACGCAAAGCACUUGUCCUGGACACAAGGGCUUAACAUGUUCUCUGACAUGACGGUUGAAGAGAAGAGAAGUUAUCUGGGACUGAACUCCUCUGCUCUCCACAGAACGCUCUCCUCCAACAUUGUCCAUUUGUCUGACAUUCCUGAGUCUAAGGAUUGGAGAGCUGAAGGUAAAGUUACCGGAGUUAAAGACCAGGGAGGCUGUGGUGCUUGUUGGACGUUCGGAGCAGUUGGUCCCAUUGAGACAAACUACGCUAUUCUCACUGGCAAGAGGAAAUCAUUCGCAGAGAAAGAAUACCUGGAUUGCGUCUACAACUGGAACAGAGGUUGUGACGGUGGCUUCUACGAGGACUGUUGGGACUAUUCUGAGAAGCAUGGCAGGCUGGCUCUGACCAGGGAUGCUCCCUACUACGCUAGUGACCAGUACUGUGGUGGGUACUACAACAGGCAGCACAAUGCUCUGAUAGCAGCGAAGAUAACCGGUUAUUAUACCAUCCCUCCUGGGGAGGAUAACAUGAUCUCCUUCCUUGCUAAAGGAGCAGUCGGGACAGCUUUCGAGGUGACUGACGACUUCUUCAACUACCAAAAGGGAAUUAUCAAAGACACGACAUGUGAUGAUAUGGGUGACACCACGGCUAACCACGCUGUUACCGCUGUUGGCUACACACCCAACUCAAUGAUUGUAAAGAACAGUUGGGGUACAUCCUGGGGUAUGGGAGGGUACUUCGAGACAGCACGAGGUACUGAUCUUUGUGAGCACUUCAGUUGGGGGGCGGUCCCAACCUGGAUACUCACUGGUCAGAAUGACAAUGAUCCAGACUACGUUCCAAGUGAUGGAGACGACUGUGAAGGGACAAACGCUGAUGGGUGUGCUUGUGGCACAGUGAGAUGUGGCGAUGGUAUAUGUAGACAUGCUCACAUGUGCUAGAUCAUCAGGGAGCUCUGUUCACGCUCAAUUUAUAAAGCUGAUGUAGAUGUUCAAUGUUCAUUAUUCAAUAUAUUCUUAUUGUUUAU